GCCGGUGACGCGGGGUGGUCAACUACGAAGAGCUGGCGAUGUUUUUCGUUUAUUAUUUUAUAGUGCUGGUUCGUUCCGCAAAUUGCAAUGCAGGGGUUGGUACAGAACGUCGUCCCCGUGAGAUAUAGAGUGACAUCUGUCAGAGUCUCUCGUGAUUGGUUGGUUUGGUUUGAGGCGCCGCGGUGACUCACAUGUUUAACAGCUGUUCAUCAAAACAACUGUCAAGAAGUCAAACGUCAAAUUGUGCACAUUUUGUGGUAUAAAUUUUCAGAAUCCUUCUUCGAGAUUUAUUAAAAAGUGGUUGCUGAAGAUCAAUAGCCUAUGCCAGGUUCCUACCUGAUUUCUGGUUCCUGGUUCCUAAGCGCUCAUUCCACAAACUCAGUUGCAGACACACUACAGUAUUCACGUGAGUAUAGGAUCAACAUGGAAAAAACUAAAGAUACGCCUUGCACUGCACUUGCAAAAGACAUCUCCACCCUAGUGAUUAAUUCAUCACCAAUGAAUGAGUCUACAGGAUCUGAAAGAAACACUGCAAGUCGUAACAUACCAGAAGUAUUUACUGCCACGUGGUUACAUGAAGAUCAUAUUAUUGAACUUACCAGGAUACUUCAUGGUGUGGAGGCAGAUCGUGUUGAAGGCUGCCUUGUUCAGUAUGUCGAAGAAAACAUUGAACCUGCUGGUUGGAAAGCUGUAUGGCAAUAUUCACAGCCAUUAGUCACUGAGAGUCAAUCCCAGCCACAUGCUGUUAAAAACCAAGAAGCAUUUCAAACUCUGUAUGAACAGCAGGUAUCACCUGGACCUAUAGAUAGAUUUGUUGUGGAAGUAGUGAAUGUGAACAGAGAAAAGUUGGAGGCAGAAGUAAAAUAUUGCAACAUUACUCACAAAGAUCUAGUAAAGGACUGCCCUGAUGAUCAGUUUACAGUUCCAUUAGUGCAGCUGUACCCUCUAGCAGUUCAAGAAAAUGAAGCAAUAGAUAUUGCCACAACUGCAGAGGUCGUUGAACAAGUAAGGUUCUUUUAUAAUCACAUAUGGCAAGCUUGGGAUCUGGAGGAAGAAAGCUGUUGUUAUGAUCAACACCUCAUAGCAAGGAGACUCCAGUUAUAUCAAGACAUUGAGACGGGACGUAUACCAUCAUCAGUGGGCUCAGAACUUCGUCAGCUGGUGAAAAUUGCCAAUGUUGUUCAGAAAGAAAUUGAAGCAACAGAAAAGUUAGGAGGUGAAGAUGAGGCGGAUGAGGAAAAAGUAUCAAUACUCAUUCAUCUCCACAAAACAUUAGAAAAUCUUAAGGCUAGAUUUGAUUUAAUUCAAGAGCCAGUGCUGAGGGAAUUGUGUACCUCAUCUCAGCCCAUAGAUUGCUCUUGGGCAGUUGCCAGUCAAAGAACUAAUUUAGCUAAGAUUUUAAUUGUAGUGGAUUGCUUAAGCCUAGAUGCCCUGACUGACAUAUCACACGUACCAGAACUUUUAAAAAAAUUGCCACAGGUACCAGAAGAUGCGCUAUGCCAGAGUUAUCCAAGUCUGCAGCUGGCAUUAAAUGCUGCAAAAAAAGAUGACAUCAUUGUAAUUUUACCUGGCAUUCACUUGCUGCAGUACAUUGGACUCAUAAGUGGUGGUGGCACAUUACUAGGUGUGGGAACUGAUGUUAUCAUUGAGGGUACUAAAAACUCAGGUGAUGUCUUGAUUGACAUUACUGGAGAUUUCUCUAUGCAAAACAUAACACUGAAGCCGCUUCCAAAUCAGAUUGGUAUUGUACACCAUAAAGGAAAUCUUACACUAGAUAAGGUUGAGAUUCAAGGUGGAGUGACGGGAAUGAUUGGACUUGGGAAGACACACACCAAAAUAGAAAGUUCAACAGUAAGAGACAGCACCCAGAAAGGAGUUGACUUCCGAGAAUCUGCUUUUGCUGAUUUGUCUCAAACAUGUUUUAAUGGAUGUGGCGUGGGAAUUCAAGUUGAAGAAGACUCAAAGAUUUCUGUAAGUCACUGCAAAAUUGAAAACAGUGCCGAAUAUGGCAUAUUGGUAAUGUGGCCAGAGGGUUCAGAUAUAUCAUCGUUCAAAGAUAUUCCUAAAGAGGCACUAAUGGAAAGUUUACUCACAGAGUACAGUGGGAAUAUCCUUUCCAACAACAAAGAAGAUGCAGGUGUGAUGGUUGCCACAAGGCCCCCUGUAGAAGACCAGCUUUCAAGAAGCUUUGAGGAAGAUUUUGUCCCUCACAAUUCUACAGGUUCCCUAGAUUCAGGCUUUGAAUAUAUUGAUGGUGAAAGCAAAUGAAUUAGGAGGUACUGGUCAGAAAAUCUGAUGCCAGAAGUUUUUAUUAGGUGUUGUAAUAUUGGUUCAUGUUUGAUAUUUCAUUUUGAUAAUAAAGAAAACGUGAGUAAAUGCUUCAACAUAGUGAUAACUAUUAAGAAUUGGUGCUUAAAACAUUUCAAGUUUUAUCUUCAGAAAUUUCUUUGGAAUGCUUAGGUUGUUUUCAUUUUUCUUAAACUGAGAAACAAUUUGACAUUUGUCUUAAGAAAAUAUUUUGGUUUUGCAAAUGCAAAAUACCACAAAUCUUUUUAAAUAAUUGUAAACAAGCUGGAUUAUUUAAUAGCUUUAAAGUAUUGUUGUAUUACACAUUUUUUAUAUCAUCAUACAGCUUGGCAUUAUGUUUCAAGAGUCCAGAAGACAAAAUUUAUUAAUAUCCAAGAUCAUAUUGAUUUGAAGAACCCCAUGAAUUCUUGGGUUAUAAUCCUGUAACCAAAUCACUAUCCACCUGGAAUCAGUCUGCCAAAUGAAGCUAUACUUUCUCUUUGGGUACAACCCUGCACACAAAUCAGAGGUGUUUGUUAAUGCAAUGUGAUAUUAGUUAUCUACUUCUAUCCAUAAACAAUCAUCUGGUUCAUGCAUCUGUGUCUUUCUGUACUUUAGCGAUAGUUGAGAGUGUUAGGAGAACUAGAGCCCUAGUGCAGAUAGUUCUAUAUUUCUAAUGUUGUAAAACAAAAAACACAAUCGCUUAAGUUUAGAAACCCUAUCCGAAACUUCUCGCAUUAGGUAUUUUUUUCUUCUAUCACUCAUAACUUUGUUGAAUAAGUAGAUGAUGUGAAAAUGCCUUGACCUUUUCCAUUAUUGUAUAAUCAAAAUUCUGUGAUACAUAUAUUGAAUUUAUUAAUAUACAUUAAUACAUUACAUAUAUCUUAACUAAUAAUUCUAUCAAAACACUGGCAUAAUGCUUUGUCAGUUCAUUUUCUUCUGGAAGAUUUACUGUGCCUUGGAGGUUUUAGAUGUGAUAACAUCAUGGAGCGUAAUUUUCCUUUAGUUGAGCACAGAAUGCUUCAUAUUUAUAAUCUAUGAUGUAAAGAAGCAAUAAUAUAAGAAGUAUAAAUGUUUUCAUGUAUACAUACUUUGAAUAUGGUGGUGAUAAAAAUUUACUAGGCAUGUACAAUGGUUAAGAUAUCACACAUUUUAUUACAUAAUACCUAUAUUUCUCUCUUUCCUCUUCUCUCCUAUAUGUAUGCAUUGUAUACAAGGGUGCAUAUGAAAUGCAUUUCCAAGAAUGAUUUUGUUAAAUUUUUCUAUACUGUUUUAAUUGAAAACUAAUAUUUAUUUUCUAGGAAAUCCAAAUAUAAUGAAGCUUUAGAAUGAUAGGGAUAUGACAUUACCAAAAGAUAUUGCAUACAGUAUUCAGUAUAGCCAGUACUAAAAUAUCUUUGUAAAUAAGGAUUAUAUAAAUAAAAAAAAAACAAUU